CUAAGGAAUACUUUUUGACGUAUCUCAUGGAAGUCUCAAACCCGGCCUGGUCUGUUUGGCAAGCGUUCCCGGAAGUAUCGCGAUGAUGCGCCUCGGUUUAGAAACUCUGUCAUACUCUGUGAUAGAGAGUGACUUAAGCUAGUUGGCCGACUAGCAUGUUAGUAAAGAAAGUACUUCGCUGCAAAUGUUUCAUAAAGAUAUUGGCCUAUGCAGUCCUGUGACAUUUAACGAAGACUAAGGGCUUAUUUUUAAGUGUCGGACAGGAAACGGACGGCUGGUAACGUUACAGUACAGGUGUCCUGCUGCAAUGUCAAGGCGGAGCAGGAACAGCCGGGCGUGGCGUUACGUGUGGAGUGGAAUACGGCGAGAUUCUGAUUCCCGGGCGCUGGUACUGGCCUCAGAAAGUGAGGAGUGGGGCUACGAACGCUUACAGUACAGUGACUCAGACUCUGAGCCAGACUACCGUCCCGUGGUGCCACCGGUCCCCAGUGCCGUGCCUGUUACCGGAGAGUCGUACUGCACCUGCGACUCCCAGGCCGAGCCCAGCUACAACCCACGUCUCCGGGGCUUCCACCGCAUCAAAGACUGCCACUGUGGAGAGGAAGACCAGGACUUCGACUGGGUGUGGGACGAUAGUAACCGCUCCACGGCCACGUUGAUGACCUGCGACAACCGCAAAGUCAACUUCCACACGGAGUACAGCUGCGGCACAGCAGCCAUAAGAGGCUCCAAGGAGCUGGCAGAUGGACAGCACUUCUGGGAGAUCAAGAUGACAUCACCAGUGUACGGGACCGAUAUGAUGGUAGGCAUCGGAACCUGUGACGUGAAGCUGGAUAAGUACAGACAUACCUUCUGCAGCCUUUUGGGGAAAGAUGACGACAGCUGGGGUCUCUCCUACACUGGUCUGUUACAUCAUAAAGGAGACAAGGUGACCUUCUCCUCACGUUUCGGCCAGGGCUCAAUCAUCGGAGUGCACCUGGACACAUGGCAUGGAACACUCACCUUCUUUAAGAACCGCAAGUGCAUAGGCGUGGCGGCUACGGAGCUACAGAACAAGCAUUUCUACCCCAUGGCGUGUUCCACAGCAGCCAAGAGCAGCAUGAAGGUGAUCCGCUCCUGCUUCACGCCCACUUCCCUGCAGUACCUGUGCUGUGCUCGCCUCCGCAAGCUCCUCCCUGAGUGCCCAGACACCCUGAGCAUACUGCCGCUGCCCCCUGGCCUGCGCCACCUGCUGCACAAUAAGCUGGGCUGGGUCCUCCGCCUCAACAACGGCCUCCUGGGGGCUCCAGGGGGGGGGGGCUUGGGGUCUGACUUGCCCCCUACGCCCCCCUUGGCUGGGGCCUUGUCCUCUGAAAGCGAUGACUCUGAGGGGUGUUCGUCGGACCCUGAGGCAUGUCAGAGGAAGAGAUGUCGUUGGACGUGACGGGAAUCCGAUGUGACCCCCAAUGUAAACACAUGGGGUGUGCCCUAAAUUACACCCUAUUCCCUAUAUAUAGUGCACUACUGGUCAAAGACCCAUAGGACUCUGGUCAAUAGGGUGCCAUUUGGAUGCAGCCAUGAACUGGACUGGAUCCCUGCCCCCUCCCUGAGACAUACUCAAGUUAUAACCCCUUACACACACACACACACACACACAUAUACACAUGCACACACAUUACCGUUAAUGGUGAUCCCAGGACCAUUAAUAUUGUGGGAACAUUUAAUCAAGAUCAAACGAAUGUGGCACUAAGACCUAUGGCCAAACUUCAGUGUACAUUAACAGUAUAUGCAACAACAAUGAUGACAUGAAAUCAAUGAGAAGAGACCAAGUGCAGCAUUAUGUGGAUUGUCACCAUGCUUUCUCCUUGUACAUGCAAUACUGGUUGGAUUGCUAUAAGACUGGCCCAUAAGGCCCUAUUUUAAGUUUCUGUUUUAGCUGACCGAAGAACGAAGUUGAGUCCAGAGAGUAGUCACAAUUUGUUGCGCUUUCACAUCUCCAUGACAACAUUUAUUUGUUACUUUUUUCCUCCCUCUUUGUUGUGCCUUCGUCUGGUCCUGGCACGAAAAUCCAAACAAUCCAUGUUACAUUAUUAAUGCAAGGUGUAAAUAAGACAAGACUCACACUCAAAAUUUGACAUUUUCUAAAUAGGAGAAAAGGCCUGCUUUGGCGGUAGUCCUGGUCAGAUUUAUUGCAUGUAAAACAUGACCUUCAACAAAUAUCCUAGCUGGAAGACCGUCCCUAGAUCAAUGUUGAUGGAGUCUGUCUGACCAAUGGUUAAAGUGAUGCAAUUUGGCAAGAGCUUGCGUUUGUAUGUCAUUAGCUGUUCUCUAAUGAAAUCAUAACUUCAUUAGGCUGGCAUUAACACUGGAAUUGAAUCAAAGUUUUGGAAAAUCUAUGGGAAAAUGUCUGUUCUUGCUCUGCAAGAAUACACAGAUCAAGUGGAUUACUUGAUCUGUGUAUUCUUGACAGUUUUUGACAGUUUUGAAUACUCAGUGAAACAAAGUUAUUUUGUUAAUCAGCACAUUUGUUUCGGAACAGGAACAAUCUUUAUUAUUUUGUUUAGAUCAGCUUGACAAUAUAUUCCCCUGAAUUAUUUUUGUCAUAUCGACACCAGACAUGGCAUCAACAUGUAUUUUUUAUUUAUUUUUAUUUAUUUUUUAACUAGAUGUUUAGGGGGGGUUCUGAUUUAUUUUUCACUCAAUACUGCCGUCGUGUUGGAGCAGUGAUGACUGUUACACAUACACACACCAUCUAUGUUGAACUGUGAGUUGUCACGCACCAUUCUUAUACUGACCUCCCUGUUAACCAUCAAGCAAAAAGAGAGCCUGACUUGUUUUGUCUGUUAGUUAGACAUUUGAUUUUGUUGUCACGUGCAUUUGGUUGGAACUCCUGUGCGUCCAAUGGUUGGGUUGCAGACAGUGUACUGAAUAAAGAAGGCAAAGGGGGUAGAAAAGGGGUGUCCACAUAUUAUAAUAUAUAAAUAUGUCUGUGUUUUAUUAUUUUUCAGUGUACAAUGUGGUUUAUUUUAUGCAUCAAAGCACUUGUGUAUAUACAGUGCAUUUGGAAAGUAUUCAGACCCCUUGACUUUUCCCACAUUUUAUUUCCUAGAGCUGGCCAGACUAGUCUUGGUGGUUCCAAAC